AUGGAUCGUAAAUCAACUUCUGCAAUACUUCAUAGUAUUAUGGAUCACCAUGAAAUCCAAGCUCAACAAAGUAAUAGAUCUUUUACUCCAAGAGUGAAAGAAGAGCCCAUUGAUAAAUUGACUACUGAAAAUAACGAUGGUGAAAUAAUCGACGAGACAUCCAACGUGGAAAAUGCUCAAUUUCCCAAAUUUUCGCUGGAUACUUAUUCGCGGGAACGUUCUCUUAGAAACUUCAGUGAUUAUAAUCAAGAAACUGAAGAGAACGACGGACUGGAAGUGGAAAUCGAAUGUAAAGACGUAAAACCCGACUUAAAUUUAUUGAAAAUCGAACAAACUGACAAUUAUUCUACAAAUUACUUGCAAAAUGCGAUCAAAUUAGAGCCGAUAGAGUCGGUAAAAAAUCAAUUUGUUAAUACCAAAGAAAUUGAUUCGACUGCUAUUUUAGAUAGUCAACUCAAUCAGACAAAUAAAACAAGCAUUGCUAAAUACUCAAUCUGUAUCAAUACACUUAAAUCUGGCAACAAUGAGAACGAUAACAGUGUCACGCAUAUGUGUGAAAUAUGCGGAAAAAUAUUCUCUUCAAAAAGCACUCUCAAUAGGCACAUCCAAGAGACACAUGAAGUGCAUAAAGGUGUCAAGCACAAAUGCGAUAAAUGCGGAAAAUGUUUCUUACGAAAGUAUCAAUUCGAAGCCCAUAUCAUAUCGCAUAAUGAUCCUGCACGUGACAUUUAUUCGAAAAAAGUCACCAAGCUUGUGUGCAAAAUAUGUGGAAAUGGAUACGGUCGAAUGGGUGACCUUAAUAGACAUGUCAAUGCGAAGCAUAAUGAUAUAACAUUUGAAUGCGAUAUAUGUAAGAGGAAAUUUACACAAAAAAGUCAUCUUCAAGACCACAUUCAGAGGCAUCAUAAUCCUGUUGAGCGAGAACUUGAUAUUUGCCAAAUUUCAAGAAAUAAUGCCAACAGGUUCAUAUGCGAGAUAUGCAAUAAAAAAUUCAGUCGGAUGGGUGUUCUGAAUAGGCAUGUUGAUACGAUACACAAUAAUAAAAGAUUCGAAUGUACAGUAUGCGGAAGAGAAUUUACACAAAACGGUCAUCUUAAAGACCAUAUGAAGAAAUGUCAUGGUCCUAAUUAA